GCCCCGUCUGCAAUGGCCCAGCAGUGUCGCCAUGCCUCCGAGAGCUGGUCAGAAGGUCGUGCGAUCUCCGCAACCACCGCGCACAGGCUCUACUAAAUCGCCAAGCCCUUCUCUCGAACUCAACGUAGCAUUCUACAUCUUCUUUGCCUCCCACUUGGUCGCCGCUCUGUAUGCACCUAUACAAGACUGUGAUGAGGUCUUCAACUACUGGGAGCCUACACAUUAUCUGAAUCAUGGCUCCGGCCUGCAGACAUGGGAAUACUCCCCCGAAUACGCCAUUCGGAGCUGGACCUAUGCAGGCAUACACGCCAGUGUAAUUGGGAUCUGGAAGAUGGUACCAUUUAGUUCGAAAUACACCGAGUUCUACUUUCUUCGCAUUGUCCUGGCCCUUGUCUGUGCCCUCUGCGAAACCCGCCUUUUCUCGACUAUCACGCGAACCAUAAACCCCCGAGUCGCCAUGUUCUUUCUCAUGAUCAUGGCGUUCAGUCCGGGUAUGUUCCAUGCCUCCGCUGCAUACCUCCCAUCUAGCUUCGCCAUGUAUACGACCAUGUUGGGGUUUUCAGCUUUCAUGGACUGGCGUGGUGGACUCCGAACAGCUCAAGGAAUGUUCUGGUUUGCGUUUGGCGGUUUGGUUGGAUGGCCGUUUUCGACUGCAUUGGUGUUGCCAUUCCUGGUUGAAGAAGCCGUGCUAGCUGGCGUCACAGGACAGGUCUGGGAUGCAUUUCGACGCGUGCUAGACGGAACAGCCAGGUCUUUCAUUGUACUCAUUCUCCAACUGUGCAUUGACUCCUUCUUUAUGCGGAAGCUUGCGUUCGUGCCCUUUAACAUCGUCUGGUACAAUGUCUUCAGCGGCUCGGGGAAAGGGCCUGACAUCUACGGGACGGAGCCAUGGCACUUCUACGUCCGCAACCUCAUUCUCAACUUCAAUGUUUGGUUCAUACUUGCCAUUGGCGCGAUCCCUCUGCUUUUCUUCCAGCAUUCCUUCCGGCGGCAAAGCACCACAAGGCAGACCCUCCUUCGAGGCUUGGUCUUCGUGUCGCCGUUUUACUUGUGGCUAGGCAUCUUCACGUUGCAACCUCACAAAGAAGAGCGGUUCAUGUACCCUGCAUACCCAGCCCUCGCCCUGAAUGCGGCGAUGUCACUACAUAUCCUGCUGGCUUACUUCGGAUCUUCCGAUCCAAGAGAUCUAGCCAGCAAGAUCCCAGCACAGCUCAAGCUAGCCUUUGUGAGCGUCAUAGUGCUUGGAGCGAUAGACUUUGGUGGGUUGAGGACUAUUGGUAUGCUCACUGCGUACUCUGCGCCACUAAAGGUAUAUAAAUCACUACAACGACGAGGAAUGGCUCUUCCUGGAGAUACGGUGUGCCUCGGCAAAGAAUGGUAUCGUUUCCCAUCUUCCUACCAUCUUCCCAACAAGGUCAAGGCAAAGUUCAUCAAAAGCGAGUUCUCGGGCCUUCUCCCGGGAGAAUUCAGCGAGGCAAACGUCGGGUUUGGGCUUUACCCAGGGGCCUGGCUAACUCCUCCUGGAAUGAAUGAUGAGAACAAAGAAGACUUAUCAAAAUAUAUCGAUGUUGACCACUGCACAUUUUUGGUGGAUUCCCACUUUCCCGGUACAACACCUACCGAGCACGAGCCAGCCUAUGUUCUUGAUACAGACAAUUGGGAAAAAGUAUCAUGCGAGUCUUUCCUCGAUACCGCCCAAACUAGCACGGUCGGUCGGCUGUUGUGGAUCCCAGACUUGCCCAUUAUUCCAGAGCGGCACCGCAGGAAGUGGGGUCAAUACUGUCUUUUACGUCGCAAGAUUGGAAGCAGCCAAUAUGUGCCCCCGCAAACGCAAUGUUAUCUGGCGGCAUUUAGAGACCUCUUCGAGUUGGCCCAAGAGCAUUGGAUGCUGGGGUCUUGUCGGCAGCCGAGAUAUAUCAUGUUCCUCUCGUGUCUUUGCUUUUUGUUGAUCAAUCUCCAAUACUUGUGUGCAUUGCAUUCCAUCUUGGUAUCCGAUCUUCGUACACUCUCUAUCAUGGACAACGUCAAGCUCUGGGCGCGGCACAACUGUCACCCGGAGCAUGUCAAGACCGCAGCAGUCCAUUUGCAACAACGGAUAAAGACAGAUCCGAACCCUUUUCUCUAUGGUCUUUUGACUCUCCUAACCGCUAUCUGGGUAUCUACACUAGCCAUACGUCGAUUCCGCACCUGGAGAAUACCCACGCGGCCAGGGACCCCAGAUCUCGAGAAACCCUCCUCUUCCAAAUUCAAGGCCGCCGCGAGAGAACCCGGAGUAUGGAUCCCCCAUCCCUUCAAACGCCCCACCGCCGCCCCUUACCCGGACUGGUCCCUCACAGCCACCAAGCCCCUCCCCUACCGCCCCUUCCGUUACGGGCCCAAAUACAACGUCACCAUGGGCCUGCGCACCAUGCACUGGGACGAUUGGAUCGAGCUCGACAACCACUACCCCAAGUUCCACGCGCUGAAAGCCGAGCGCAUCGUCGAGCGCGGCACCAAGUGCUGCUACACCGCCCCUGAGGCCUUCGACGGCGCCGUCGAGCUGCUCGAGGAGCUGUGCGACUACCUGCCCCAGCGGUACCCGAGCCUGUACCGCAAGACAGACGUCGGGCUAGACAACUUGGAAACCGGCGAGAGUUUCAAUGUUGUGGACAGACCGUUGAAGGAGGAUCCGAUGCAGAUGUCCGCCCGCCUCGUGCAAGACGACCUCGCGAUUAUGUUCGAGCGGCCAAACGGGCAGUACUACCUCCUCGCCGGCGCUAUUCUUCUGGCAGGGUUCUGGCGGCUGGAGGAUAAGUUCGGGAUGCCGCUGUCCGAGAUCCACACCAGUGGGGAUGUGCCGCAGUACAAGGAGAAGCUGGAGAAGGGGAUGUUGAACUUCUUUAAGCGGGUGAUGCCGGAUAAAGCGGUGUUGCGGAAUAACUACUUCAUUCAGGUGGAUGAUGAGUUGGCGUGGAGCUCGAGUAUUGGGGGCGAGGAUUCGGAUGGGAUUGGGUGGUUUACGGCGGAGAAGAAUAAGGCGAUUGAGCAUCAUUGGUUUAGGAGUGAGAGGCAGAGUUUGAGGAGGCUCCCGAGAUCUGGUGGCGUCGUGUUCACGAUUAGGACGUACUUUCAUCCUAUUACUGAGAUCUGCGAGGAGCCCUAUGUACCAGGCCGUCUUGCUUCAGCUGUUCGGAGCUGGGGUGAUGAUGUUUCAAAGUAUAAGGGUAAGGAACGAUAUCAGGAUGUCUUACUUGAGUACCUCGACCGCAAACAUGAAGAGCAGGUCGCAAACGGGCUAGACAUGGAGAAAGAGGACGACGUGAGAUCUUAUCCGUACUAGCGUCGGCUCCACGGGGUUAGGAUUCACUCGUUGUCGUAUAACGUGAGCAUGGUGUAGUAGCAUUCAACCUAGAAGUGCUCUUUUUCAUUUUGCGUAGCUCUUCCGUACAUUCAUCUAUUUGUAUUUGUUUCCAAACGCACUGGCACAUGGCUCACCAGGAACAAUCUCAAACUCGGCAGCCUUUCAAAAUUCGAUCAAUUAUCGAAGCUUUUGAGAGAGUUUCAAGAUCAAGCAAUGCCCCCAUAUGGGUGCGUAGGUACAAUACCUUUAUUCGUAUCGUUCCGUUACUUCAGUUCUUACCCAUUCUCUUAUGGAGGUUAAGAAAUGCUGAUAAAGAGGGACUCUAUAUAUAUUCAGCUCUAUCCUAACAAGAAGGC